AUGGUCAUACUGAGAUCUGGAAGAACUUACACAGCUACUGCUGAUGAACUUCUCGUGAGUACUGAAGACGAUAGUGAUGGCUCGAGGGAGAUCGCCUCAACAUCAGAGAAACAGACUUCGAAUGUUAAAAGAACCUACGGUGCAGAAUCUGAAGGUAUCGGUACCGUUGAAGGGAGUGAUAAUUGCAAAAGAGUCAAGGUCAAUGUGGCUGAGUUGGAAGGGAGUUCGCAAUCGGAAAACAAACCUUCGCGUUGCGAAAAGUUUAGCGGAGAGGAAAACUUGGCGCAGGUUCUUGCGAGAUGCGCUCAAGAAGAAACAAAAUCUGAGGAAACAAUUGUCCCGAUGGUGGAAGCGCAAGAAAGUUUGCCAAAUUUGCAGAUGGAGUUACCUCUCCCGGUUAUGGCAAGGAAAAAUGAAGAACGAGAAGGUGGAGGGCUUGUUAUCGGCCAGAAUAUAGCUGUUGACCGAUUCUACAUAAAUGAUAAGUGCGAAUACCAUUUUCUCACUCAUGCUCAUGUUCUGAUCAAUAAGAAAUUCAUUGAUUGGGGUGCAAAACCGAUUUACUGCUCACAGCUGACUGCACGACUUCUGCCAUUAGUGCUACCAGGAAAGGCUUCACUCAGUAAAAUUAUUCGUCCCUUAGAGGUUGGGAAAGUUCACAGCAUAGAUCCAACAUUACAUGUGACUCUGCUAGACGCUAAUCACUGUCCUGGAUCGGUGAUGUUUCUUUUCGAAGGAUCUUUUGUGCCUGGCGGAAGUGCUUUGGUGACAGGACAUUUCAGAGCCGAUAGCCAAUUUAUGGCCCUCUUUGACAAUGAUCCAGCUUUCACGCGACUGAGUCAGACAUUCCUCUCUACGGUCUACUUGGACGCUACUUGCUUUGAUGAAUCGCUUGGAUCUCUACCCGAGCGAAAGGACUCGGAAAAGAUGUUGGUGGACGAGCUUAGAAAAAAUCAAGGACGUACCAUCAUAAUUCCCAUACCGAAAGUCGGCAUGGAAGAUAUAUUGGCUGGUAUCAGCCAAAAACUUGCGGAAUCUGUAUUGGUAAGCUCUCAGACGCUGUCUGUGUCAAAGUUGUGCGGAGUCAAAGGCGGUAAACUCGUUGCGAAUGGUAAUGAUGCGAAUUUCCGUAUCCGCACCUUGUCCGUGACAAACAUGUGGUCCAGAUGUUUCAAUGCUGCAAAUGCUCUGAAGAAAGCUCCAAAACCAGCAAUGAUUGUGGAUCUGUCACCGCGAGGGGAUCUCAGAAGGGUUCUUGGCGAAAGUAUUUUAUGGAUACCUUAUAGCAGUCAUUCAUCUAAUAGGGAGAUUCACGAAUUUCUUGCAAGGUUGAAAUAUGGAAAUGUGGUCUGCACAGAUAAAUUGCCCAGUAAUAGGAUGCUGAAUACGAUACGGAAAGCGAUAAGAAAAACUGAAACGCAACGACAAGGGAAGAAAAAAGGCCAUACUUCCAGAAGAAGCUCUAGAAGACCGAGAACAACUACAUUUAGGCCAGCAGGAGAUCAAACUGUGCGCAUAAACAAGGAUUCAGCGUAUUUUCUGGCUGACCCAACUUUUUUCUCGGACACGAUCUCUGCAAGCGCUGCUCCAAGUCGUUUUCCUACGAAGGAACGAAGAGGAAAGAAACCUCCAAUUUGGAAAAAAUACUUGACGAAGGGGAAGAAAUCACAUGCGAAUAAAACUCCUCAAGAAUGGAAAAAAGAAGAGGUUGAAGAGGAAUUCACUAGGCAAGAAAUGGAUCCGAGUGCUCUCGCUGGAUAUGGGCAGUCAACUUCAUCUGGGAAUGGAGAAUCCUCUUCAUCCACCACUUCGAUCUACAAUAGAGCUCCAACGUUGUCCAGGCCAAAUCCAAGCACAAAUUCUGCGUGCAACCAGCGACAGCAGAUGGUAGAAGUAAAAAGCGAGGAGAAGCCUUCGGUGGCAAAAUUAUCUGUCCAAAGCUCACUAGAAUACAAGCCUAUCUCCGCACUCGCAUCUUCUCGUCCGAGUUGCUCUACACCUGUUCAUCUAGCGUGACCAUUAUUCAAGUGCGUACUAUUGUGAACAAGGAAUGUAAUGUUUCGUCUCUCAGUUACCUUCAAGCUUUUACGCCAUAUUGCGUAUCCUGAAUACCUUCACGUAAAUGGAAGCGAUCUCAUCCAUAUUGCUCCUUUUUAAAACUUUUUUCGGAAC